AUUUGCACUCGCCAGGUGCGUCAGAGGCUGUUCGAUUUGGAUAUGGUAUUGAGCCAACUACCAAUUCCUGGCCAUCCGAGCUUGUGCAUGCGCGUCCUGCAUUCGUCCAACCUUUUCAAGCACACUGGCCCCGUUUUACUCGUGUUACAAGGAGGUGGUGUCACCCAGGCCGGGGUUUGGGCCACACGAUUACUGAUGCAUCCUCAACAUGGGCUUCGGUCGGGGAGUCAGAUCGACUUGGUCCGCAGAGCCCAUGCGCAUGGAUUCGCUGUCGCUCUGCUUAACAGCAACGAGUUUGUCCCCAAUGGAGCUGAAGUGGAUUCCGUCGAAAUGACAUAUUCCGCGCCCGUACAUGCGGGCAAUGUCACACCCAAAGUGCGGCAAUCUGCAAGCCCAUUUUCGCCUCUACGGUGCGAUUCCAGCAAACUACACUUCAACCGAGUGCCGCCAACGCCAUUGGUGCCUAAGUGAGUUCCAUUCAUUCCCACCGUUUUUUCUCCAACCUAUUUCUCUUCACUCCUGCACAUUUGUUUCUUUCCGUUUCUACGUUGUCGACUGCGCUCCGAGAUGCUAUCGACGGAUGCAGUGUUACACACAUUGCACCCGAUUCUCACCUCUUGAACGUCGGACUUUUGGAGAUAUCACGUACUGAUUAUG